AUGCUCAUCCUGCUGUCCUCCCCCAGUCCCAAGCCACUCUGGAGACCGUGGCUGCCCCAGGAGGAGUACACGACCAGGCGGCAGAGGGAGCAGAUGGACACUCAGAAGGGAGAGGUCUGUACCACUGCCACCAGAGUAGGAGUGGGGGCAGUGGGACACGGGGCAGGUCCCAGACCGGCUCUGUCUCCGCAGGCUCAGCCCCUCGAUGCUGCAGGAGACCACAGCCCUGACAAAGCACUAGCACUGUUCUGCCACCCGGUCAGGCUCCUGUGGCCCAAAUCCAGGUGUUUUGACUAUCUGUACAGCGUGGGGGAGAAGCUGCUGGAGAACUUCCCGGUGCAGGCCACGCUCUGCCUUUACGAUGACUCGGACAGUGAGGGGGAUGAGGCUGAAGAGGAUGAUGAGGAUGGCGAUGAGGGGAACGAAGGCGAGGCUGGAGGUGCCGUGCCCGCGGUAGGGGCAGGCUCCCCCCGGCCGGCCUGAGGGCAGCGCACGUGGCACUGGGAUGGAGGAUGACCGAGGCCCUGGGCAGUGCGGGGCCGUCGUGCCGCGGGGCAGCGUGAGCCGGGUCCGGCAGCCCGAGCAGCUGUGACGCUGAGCGCGGUGGAGGGCCCAGCCCCGUGGAGCGGGCAGAAGGCCCAGCGGGGUUGGCAGAUGGUUUCCGGAGAAAUAAAGCGUUGAAACUCUGAUGGCCUCCGCGGUGCACGGGACGGGACGGGAC